AUGGUAAUCAUCACGGGGAUCGUAAACCACAAUUUCUGGCGAACCCUCAUCGACGGUGGUGGCGGGGCAAACAUCCUGUUUCAGGAUGCUUUUGACCAGCUCAAGCUGCAGUCUAAGGACCUGAGUCCGGUACCCUACCCGGUAUCUCGAUUCAAUGGUUCUGCAACAUAUCCAGAUGGGAAGAUCACUCUUCCCGUCACCAUAGGCAGGGAUCGAGCAGCUCAGAACGUGAUGGCCGAAUUUUUGGUCAUGGAUGUUCCAUCUGUCUACAAUGUGAUCAUGGGGAGACCUAUGAUUCACCAGAUUCAAGGGGUGGUCUCCACAUAUCAUCAGAUGAUGAUAUACGUGUCCGACAAAGGCCACUCCGAAAGAAUUCAGGGGAGCCAAGAGGCUGCCCGAAAGUGUAACUAUUUCAGGUCAUCCAAAGAACGUCGUGAAGACAAGGAUGAUGAGGAGAAAGAAAGAGAAAAGGAUCGAAGCACCAAGAAGUAG